AUGAGAUUCACAUUCAAGUUUACCCCCACCAACCUCAACCUUUUCUUCUCCACCGAUCCCCAGGACGCCGCUGGCUCUGUGCAUUUCAACGUUCUGCAAACUCCUCAACGCAUGGAGUUUCAGUUCAUGCACGACAGCAACGUCUCCUUCCCCUCCUCUACAGUCCCCAACGCUGAAUUCGACUCGGACUACUACAACAGCACCUACGCCGACCACGACUUUCUUACGUCAUCUUACGAGGUACUUCCCGACAACAGUAUCUCCGAGGAAACCACUGGUCAGCCUGACGCGUCCGAGCCCACUAUCAGCAACGAAUACCGUGCUAGCUACGGCAGCACCCACGUCGGCCAUUCCGACAAUCUUGAGACGAUCGACUCUGCUCAGUCGAUUGAUCAGAUCAAACCCGAGCCUCAGACCGCGACUGGCUCUGACGAUUCCAGCUCCCCGUCGGAGCAGUUUGUUUCCGAGAACGACGACCCUGCGGAGCUUGAGCCCGCGACGCUCGCUACUACCACGCCGCUCUCCGCCAAUUUUCCCGUCAGACAACCGUCCCCUGAGACCAGCAGCCGUGCUCUUACUGCUCGCGAGAUCAUUUUGACGAUGAUCGGCCACCAUUCCGUGACUCGCGGCGCGUACCUCGGAAACGGCACGCAAGCUCUCACUCCCGGGCAAGCGGCCGGUCGUCUCAUCCUGGAUCUGAUUCAGCUCCCCAGACUCACCCCCGGACAAGCAGCCGGUCGUCUCAUCCUCGAGAUGAUCAAGCCCAAGUCGAGUGUCGAUCAUGGAACUCUAGACGUCGUCAACAACCGUGGUAGCGUCGUAUAUUCGGAUCCAGCCAUCGUGUAUUUUCUUCGCGGCCCCGAAACAGAGUCUGAGCAGCCAGCGGGCAGCUCCUCUGCUUCGACGCAAGAGAACGACUCAUCCUCUGAGAUCCUCAUCCAGAAACACAGAUCCGUCAGUGCUCCUAAUCGUCCGUCCGUUCCCGUUCGCCGCUUCUACCGCUUCUCGAGCUUUGAGGGCAUCUGCACCGAGCCUCUCGACUACUUUGUGUGCAAGACGCCGCACAGCGCUCAGACUCACCGCGCCGCCGCAGCAGAGUCGCAGCCGGCUGAGAUCAAAGUCCGUCACCAGCUCAGGUCUUCUGAGCGCAAGAAGAAGAGCUAUGGCGAGAUCAAGCAAAGCGUUGCUGCGACUACGACGAAGGAAGACUGCACGGCUCAGCCAGAGUUUGAUUUGCUCUCUCAACUCCCGAUCGAUCCCGUCCAGUUGCUCGUCCAGAAGUUCGAAGCACUGCAAGCCACGAUCCCCGAUCCCAAGUUUCUCCACUCCAAGUUCUACCGUUCUCGUGCCUCUAGCAGAUCGGUUUUGUCUGGGAUCCGGGAGAACGUGGUAGACGGCCCUUCUCAAAAGGCUAGCGAGCCUAUUGAGCCCGAGAAGUCCGAUGAGCCGAAACCAAUCGUCGAUGGACCAUCUGAAGCCAUCCAGGAGGAUCACCUUUCUGGCUCUGCAACGGUCUCGACCGGUAUGCAGCUGGUAUUGCGACAUGAAGCCUACCACUUGGACAACCCUGCGCCUGUAUUCCGUCGAAUUGUGCUUCCUGAUUGGGUCCUCCUUGUUCUCCAGUCUCCGUUCGGGCCGUCCAUCAGCCGCGAGCUUGCCCUAUCUGUUCGAGGUCCUCUUGAUCUGCUGGCGCCGCCAGAGUUGUCUGCCCUCGUGCUUUAUCGCUCUUCGUCAAGACAGACUCCGCUCGCGCUUCCUCCGGCACCCGAACCGGUAUCUGACCGUCAGCUCGUGCUCUACAGACAGAGCACCUUUGAAGCCGUUCCCCUGUCUUUGCCAGAGCUGGUCCGAGACCGCGGUUUUGUGCUCUACCGAGCACUGACGGUGAAGCAAGGCUUGCUCGCCCUGCCCGCACCAUUUGAAACGCACGACAGAGAGCUAGAGCAAGAGAAGGCUAUCGCUGCGGCCGCACCCACGACCAGUGGUGCGAGUCAUAUCGAUGCGCGACCUUCCCUUACGCUUGAUACGGAGCUUGCUAUCUCGAGUAUGGAGGACAGUAGCCCGGCUACUGAGUCUUCUUCUUUGGAGCUAUCCCCCCUCUCUAACCCGUCUCUUCCAGCCUCAUCGCCAGCCUCUUCGGUGCCUUCGCCUAACACAGUCCUGGAGAAGCCUGAGCCCUUCUCCCAGGACGGCACUGAGGAGGACGCGUCCCACGACGAUGAACUGGAUUAUGAGAUGGACUACUCCCCUGCGAUCCCUGAUGAGAUCGAAUAUUAUAGGGGGGAGGGCGAUAGCUCGAUCCAUACGAACUGUCCUUCCGACUGGUACUUUCCCGAUUACGAGCAAGGCCUUGACGGAGGCGAUGGUUCGCACUAUCAGAUUUCUGAUAUGGAGCCGUGCUUGUCUAUCUUUUUGAUUGACGAGUCUACCAUUCCUUGGUAA